GGCUUCAGUUGGAAGGAGCCUUAAAAACCAUCCAGUUCCAACACCCUUGGAAAUAAAAGAAAUUCUGAGGGAUGAAAACUUUCCUGCUGCUAUCAAAAUAACUUCAUUUACAAGUGUAAUGAGUCAUUGCGCAGUAAAUAUCAAAUAAAUCUGUGUGAAGUAAGCAGUGUCAAACAUUCAUUUACACUGGAAGAGCACUUAAACAGGAAACGCUGCUGUCAGAAAUCCUUCAUAGAAACAUAGUUCCAGCAGACCAACAUAUGGUUUAAAACUGGCCAGCUGGUGGCACAAGGGUUUCUUUAGAGGUAACUACCCACACCCCUUUCACAAUAAUGGAAUUAUAAAAUGUUCUGUGUCUUGAAACCUUGCAUCACUCUACCCCAAAAGCGGAUGCUGGCACAGAAAAGACAGCAGUGAAAUCAGGAGAAUCAGAUCUACGUGUCAGUAAAUCUUUUACAGGAUUGUGUGUUUUGCAUUUUCUCUUUUGCUGCAGGUCAUAAUUUGUGAGGUUUGCUUUCUUUCUUUUUUUUUUUUUUUUUUUUCUUCCCCCCCCCCCCCCCCCUUUUUUUUUUUAAUAAUCUUUGCAGGGUAUCAGCUUUUCAGCAUCCAUCCUCAAUACGGCCAGCGAGAGGGGAUGGAAUUCGUAGCAGAAACAAAAAGAUAAAAGCUGCCUUUUUUAGCUUAAUAUGUGUUUAGCUUACGUCCCUAAAGCUCCAUGCUACUUCCAUCACGCUUCUUGGAAAGGCAUCCCGCCGCCAGCGUUCAGCAGAAGAGCAGAGGAAGCGGUGUUUCGAUUACAAAUACCAAAGCCAUCACUUUCUUGUGCCCUAUCCUCCCACGAAGGUCGUGAGAGGGAAGAACACCCCACUGCUGCCUGCCCCUUCCAACCCCUCCGGCGCGGUGCUGAGCGGUGCUGAGCGGCUCCAGCAGAGCCAGAGGUUUUUCAGACUGAGCUGUCUUUGCAUUGACUCACUUACUGAGAGUGAUCGCUCUGUUUCUGUGAAGAAUGAAGGUUCAGAAGAUUCAUGAGUACAAGUUGUGACUGUCCGCAGUUUGGAAGAUUACCUCUGCAUCCACUUUCAACUUGACAAAACCUGCAUGUGAUUUAUGGGAUGGUGGCACACUUGUAAUGAAUUGGAGAGAAUAAGAGAGGGAGAGGAGCUACACAUCUUGCUGUCAUUCCGGAAUAUAAAAUAAUAAAUAAAUCUCAGGCAGGUGUCUUACAACAAAGUGAGAAUUAACUCAAGAAAAUGACUCUGCUGAUAUUUUUAGUAAUGUUUAUCACUGAAUCUGCCACGGAGAAGCUGUGUCCCCUUCGCACCUCCAUUGAUGUACUAGAAGGGGAAUACUUUUUCCUUUGUUUUCCUGAGUCGAUGCUACGUCCUGAGACAGAAGGAUACACAAUAAACUGGUACAAAGAAAAUGCUGGAAGGCAGAAGCUGAUACAGAAAACACAGAGAAUUAUUUCCCAAAUGAAUUUUCUGGAGUUUUGGCCAGCUGAACUCAAUGACUCUGGGAAUUACUCUGUCACUCACAGCAAUGGAAGACAAAAUUUCACAAUUCAGAAGUGGACCUUGAAUGUGCUUGAAAGGAAUAAAAGCAGCUGUUUCAACAAAAAUCAUUUGACAACCGAAAUUCAAAAUGCUGGAACAGGUCAUUCACUGAAAUGCAGUGAUUUGUCUGUCAAUGAAAAUGACAGUGUAACAUGGUACAAGGACUGUAAGAACUAUGAAAAUGAAACAGAACGGGAACUGGAUUUUAAAACCUUAACAGUUCAGCACUCUGGUAUAUAUACCUGUAAAAUUUUGAUCAGUCAUAAUGGAAGGAUAUACCACAGCACAAGUACAAUUAAGCUGGUAGUAGAAGAGGAUGCACCAGAGGCUGUCACUUUGGAGAUAGUUGGACGCGAUGAAGAAAUUGAAACAGAAAUAGGUAAAGAAGAGAUACUCAAUUGCACAGGUUUCUUGGGUUAUGAUAUGCAAGAAGAUGCCAGCCUCUACUGGUUGAUUAAUGAAACAUUUCCAGAAAAAUGCUCAGAUAUCCCCAAGAAUGACCCUUCGAUAUGUGAAGAAGAACUCAAAAAAUUACAUUUGGGAAACAAGUUUUAUGUCACAAGGCUACUACGGAUUAAAAAAGUAAGAGAUGAGGACUUGCAUCACAAUUUCACCUGUAAGCUUCAAGCUGAUGAAGCAACGAAAAUAAAAAUAGUGAAACUGAAGAAAGAAAAUGCCCGAGAUCUGCCAGUGCACCUAUUUACAACCGGAAUGAUUCUUGCUGUACUACUUCCAUGUGUUUUAAUAGCCAUGAUAGUUGUCUGUGUGAUGUUCAGAGUAGACAUAGUUCUACUUUACAGGAACAUAUGCAGAAGAGAUGACACUGCUGGAGAUGGAAAAGAAUAUGAUGCUUUUGUGUCUUAUCUGAAAGACUGUGCUUCUACUAGUGAAGAAGAGAGAGAAUUUGCUUUGAAGAUAUUACCGAUGAUACUAGAAGAAAAUUUUGGGUACAAGUUAUGUAUAUUUGAGAGAGAUGUCUCUCCUGGAGGAGCUGUUGUUGAUGAUAUCCAUUCAUUCAUUGAUAAAAGUCGAAGAUUAAUCAUUGUACUGAGCCAAAACUACAUUUCUGACACAGCCAUAUAUGAACUUGAGAGUGGACUACAUAAAGCUCUAGUUGAAAGGAAAACUAAGAUCAUAUUAAUUGAAUAUAUGCCUAUAAGUGACUACAAUUUCUUGCCAGAAUCCCUGUCUCUUUUACCAUCAAAGAGGGUUGUGAAGUGGAAAAAGGAUCAAUCUCUUCCCAUGAAUUCCAGGUUUUGGAAGAACCUUCGGUACCUGAUGCCAGCGAAACCUACCAAGUCAAAGACCAAAGGGCACUGUAACAAUCUAGGUCUAGGCUCAGACGGGACUCAACCAUGGAUUGGGGGUUGUGACUGUAAUGCAGUCAUAUAGCAAUUAUGGAGAUGGAAGAUGCUGCUGAAAAUUGGUAGUUUUGCUAAAUCCAAAUAGAAAACACAAACUGUGCUUAUUUUUGGGAGAUAGUGUUCAUAAGAGGCCAAGGCCAAGUCUGAGAUAUAAGAAGAGUAUAAGAAACGUCACAGUGGCUAAGAUGAUGUUAAUUCCAGUGCUAAAUGAUGUUCCAGAGACAUUUUCCUCAGUAGUCUACACAAGGAGCUGAAAUUUGAUUCUGCAUAAGUCAACACCUGGCACCAAGAACAACAGAACAACACGUAACCUUUUGGUUUCACUUUUUCCUUCUUGUAGAAUGAUGUUAGUUAUACUUGCAUACUUCUUGAGACCCCUCAAUGAAUUUAUCAGUAUUUACAAAGUAUUAUGAUUUAGAUGGUUUCAGUUCUGUGUUUUGAUAUUUCCUAAGAACCCUGCUCGGGAGCUGACCCAAAUGGCUCCUGCCCUAGGGAGCUUUGCAUAUAGGGUUUAGGCAACAUUGAGCAGAAAAGUCAAGUGAAAAUGAAGACAAGGAAGGAUAAAAGGAAUCAGACAUUUACUCAGGCUAACUGCAUUCACUCCUGAGUAGUGUGUGGUGUAGACAAGCUAAGUGGCAGUUAUUUGGAGGAAUGGUAAAGUCUGCUUUCAUCCUCUAAUUUAAAUGAGAAUACUGUAAAUUGUCAUUUUGGCAGAGAGAAGAGAGGAAUGGGAUAGAGCUAAUAAUACUUUGUCCAUGGACACCAAUAUCUCCGUCAUAUCCGGAGGUAUCUUCAGCUGAUAGCUGCAGAGGAUUUAUGCAAAAAUGAGAUCUUCAGUAUACACACAUCUGUUCCUAACCCUUUAGAACAUUAAUACCUAGCAUUAUUUUCAAUAACAAACCUAGCAAUGUCAUUCAAAAUCAUGAUCAUACUCUGUUACUAUUAGCUGCCUGGCAGAAGAUUACAAUCAGACAUAAGUUUCUGGAAACAAUGGAACUCUAGUUCCUCCUAAUGCCAAUACAGAACAAGUAUUGGAAAAUUAUUUUGGAAGAACGUCAGUCACUUUACUAGGAGACCAUCAAGGCUCGUCCCACUCUCAUAACUGUCUUUUAUUCAACUAAUGCUAAUUCUGAGGAGAUAUAUCUUUGAUACUGACACUUAAUUCAUGCAGCUCUGUUAUCUUCUUGGUGCUCUUGAGAAUACAGUUGUAGUGAUGGAUGUUACAACUGUCUCGGGAUUUAUGAGAAUGAAAUACCUUUUUUUUUUUUUUUUUUCAAAUAUCCCCUAAUCACAUGAAUGAGAAGGAAUAGAGGAAAAAGACAGACAUUUUUUGUGUCUUUCAUAGCAGCUUCACGAGGUCUCCCUAUUUCUGUCAUGCAACUAAAGAACUGUCAAACUGUGGUACUUAGGCAAAAGCCUUCCUCCGGCUUAAGCUUUUACCAAAGAGGGUUUCUACUCUGUAGAUAAAUGUGCUUUUAUAUUUCUAAAUCUUUCUCAAAGUUCAGUUCUUUUCCACCAGUGUUUCCUGUUUUAACAUUUAACAUGUUUCCUUUUUAACAUUUUUCAGCAGGACUAAUGAUUGCCCCUACUUCAGAAAUGCCAUUGGUUGUACCAUGCAUUUCCAUUCCUUGGCCAUAAAACUAAAAGAAAUGGUGGUAACCUUUCUGGUAUUUAACAAAUAUGUUAUAUUUGCUCCUCAGCCACAUUGUUUUUCAUACGUUGUCAUCAACACAUUGCCUAACAACUUAAAUUGUCAAAUGUGAAUAUGAAGAGUGCACAGAGUUUAUUUAAAGCUUUGGACUGAGCUUGCCCUCUAUGAGAAUCAGCUAUUAUAAAGCAAGAUUGGAUUUUAUGUGAACUCCCCACCUCAGCUUGGAGAGGUGAAUAGCUAAUAGCUAAUCCUCACUGCCCAUGCCUUGGUAAAAGGAGACAAAGGAAAUUAAGUCUACGUUAAUGCCAGAUGUUGUUCUUAGUGCUCUUAUAUCCAGAAUUAGUGACUUUAACCAGGGCUUGGAAAUGCUUGCUUUCUGUUUGCCAGUCUCUAGAGAAAAGAAGCUGCUAAUGUGACUUAUAGAAUGUAGUUGUGCUGAUUUGCCUAAUCUUGUAUAUGUCAAUUUACAAGUGACUUCACGUGAUAGUUGGUUUGAAGUAACGGGUCAUUCCAGUGAUUUCUGUAGUAUUUCUGUUACAUUUUUUGCUCUUAAUAAAACUUUAUUUCCCCCUCCACACAACAGUGGCUUCUAUUUUUGCUGCAGUUAGACAGCAGUAAGUGUCAAAAAUUGUACCUCUAGUAAGAAAAAUAAUGCAAGAAUCAAAAAUAUGAUUAGACCUGCUCUCCAUGAGCAAAAAAUAUCUCUUUUGUACUGUAAAAAAAAAAAAAUAAAUAAAAAUAAACCAAACCUAAUCCAACCAAGUUUUUGGAAUAAUUAAUUUCCUAAAGCAGGAUGCAGUUGGGAUCAGUAAUGGGAGAGCUAGUGUAAGACAGCAGUCUUGAAGAUUCUUGUCUUUCUUGUGCAUACUACAACAUGGUACUGACUAUGAGAAUAUAAUCUGUCUGUAUUUUUUGUUUGACUACCAUUCACGUUUGACUAUUGUCUAUCGAACACAAUUCAGGCAAGAAAAAAAGAAGGGGGGGGGGGUUAUAUCUGUAAGUUUUAUAUCUGUUUAUAUCUGUUGUGUUUUUUUUUUCUCUACAAACACUUCUGUUCCUCUAUUGUCAUCUGCAUUCUUUACAUACAUGUGGUGAGAGGUAGAAUAUGUCACCCUGUAUCCAAGCUUCAGGACAAAUCCUAUCUCUUCAACCUGUAAAGAAAGAUUGUAAAGAAAGAUUGUAAAGAAAGCAGGAGGUUUGCAGAAGGGCUGGAGUAUAUAGGGAACUGCAAGAGUCCUGGUAGAAGAUUUGCUGGUUAUGUUGCAGAUAUACUGAAGAUGAGUGCAGAAGUAAUUUGUCAAUAGCACAUUUACCAAGCUAGAAACUAAACAGAAAUUUUUCAGUCAGCUCAAAAAUGAGGUGUCCUACAUGGUAACACACUGUGGGCACGUGUCUAUUACAUGUGCAGGGCAAGGUUACUAUAUGCUGGACAUGUCAGGGCCUAGAGGAAAGACGCAAUUGAUUUGUGCAGGAAGGUCCAGAAUUUUACGUGUCAUAUCCAGAAGUUGAUAGAUUGAUUCCUGGAUUCAUUAAAGGCCAUAAAAAAAGGCAAGAAAGUAAAGAUUGGCAGACAUGAGUGUAGCCAGGAAGAGUACUCUAAAACUGUGCUUAUAUAUUAGAGUCAUACUUCUCAAUCAUGCUUUCUUGGUGAAAGUAAAAAAAAAUAAAAAAAUAAAAAAA